AUGUCUCAUCAAGGCGAAACUAUCGCCAUCGUUGGCGCUGGAGUCAUUGGGCUGUCAACAGCUCUCCGAGUCCAAGAACAAACUCUCUCCCAGAACAACCCACCAUCCAUCGUAAUCAUCACACGAGACUUUCCCAAUGAGACGUCUAUCAACUACGCUACACCAUGGGCCGGUGCACACUACAGACCAUGCCCGGGAAACACCCCCCAGCUUCUUCAAGAAGCGGUAUGGGCAAAGAAAACAUACGAUACUCUUGACAGUUGGUCUGAGAAAGACAAACUGAGCGCAGGCCUUGAAUUCAUGCCCGCAGAAGAGUUCUUUGAGAGCCCUACGCAUGAGUAUGUCGAUGUUGUCAAGGAUGUAUCUCAGUCGGUGUACGCUCACAUCCAGUCGAGCUUUGAGCUAUUCAGCAGCAGCGAAUUGGGUGCCAUGAGUGACUCUCUGAAAUUGGGCUUUCGUUAUCGAACAUACUGUCUCAAUAGCCCUUUGUAUGCGUCGUUCCUGCAGCGCAGGUUUCAAAACAGAGGAGGUCGUCUAAGACAGUACACGCUUGCAUCACUGGAAGAGGUCUUCUCGAUCGAAGACUCUGUCUCUGUUGUGAUCAACUGCUCAGGCAUGGGCUUCGGGGAUCCCAAAGUAUUUCCCAUCCGAGGCCAGACGUGUCUUGUGCGAAACCCAAUUUCGAAGACUGUAACAAUCCAGAACUCCGAUGGUUCUUGGUCAUUCGCUAUUCCUCGACCUUUAGAAGGCGGGACUAUCAUUGGAGGCACCAAAGAGCCGCAUAAUUGGGAUCCUUACCCGUCGGCUGACACCAAGGAAACUAUUCUGUCCAAUGCAGCAAAGUGGUUCCCUUUCGACAGCGAAAGCCCCGGAUCUACUACUAACAAAGCGUCCGAUCGCUUCGAUGUCGUUAGAGACAUCGUUGGUCGUCGUCCAGCGCGUGAAGGUGGCCUUCGUCUAGAGAUGGAGCUUCUGAAGCCAGGUGCCGUUGUCCAUGCCUAUGGUGUUGGUGGCAGAGGUCUUGAGUUAUCAUGGGGCAUCGCAGAUGAGGUUGUUGGCUUGCUUCAGAAGCAGGGCUAUUUCUCUCCACGAGCACGUUUGUAG